AUGGCUGACACAACAGUUGAGCAUUACUCAGAUUUUGACCAAGCCAUUGUCAAUCAAUCUAAAGCUGUUGUCUCUGAUUUGAAUAAAUCGCGUCCUGUAGCACGUAACACGAACGUUGACGAUACCCAUGAUGAUCCACGUGUAGAGAAAGAAAACAAAGAUUACACAAGGAGUGUAUUUGCCGAAGAAAGUAUACCUUUCCACGAAGAGUCCCUUGAUGACAGUCGGUGGAGUGCAGAUCCUAAGGUGCCUAAAACUCGAAAUUAUGACACGGCCCAGAGAGAGUCUAGCGAAUCUGAGAAUUCCGGGACGAACCUGUUUGUCACCGGAAUUGCUCCUCGAAUUCAGGAUGAAGAUUUGAUUGAAAUGUUCAGCAAAUAUGGUACCAUUAUGCGAGCCAACAUCUUAAAAGACCCUGCCACCAAAGAACCUAGAGGAUUUGGUUUCGUUUCUUUAUCCACGGUGGAAGAAGCAGAUGCCGCUAUCCAAGGGUUGAACACAAAAGAAUUCUUUGGUCGCGUUUUAAAUGUACAAAAGGCCAGACGGUCCCGCCCUCGUUCUCCUACUCCUGGAAAAUACAUGGGAUCAACGAGAAAAGGGAUGAUGCAUGAAAGAAUGGGAAGUCAUCCAUACAAUGGAAAUAAUCGAAUGCCUUCUCGCUACCGUCCUAACCGUGACGGUCGCGGAUCCCCAAAUUACUAUCGUCCGAGCAGUAAUAGAGACUACGAUGAUAACAGGAGCCGCUUUCUAGAAUCAGAGCGUCCUAGAAGAUAUAAAAAUGAUUACAAAUUCCGUCCCUACGGUGAUCGUCGCCGCAAACAUGAGUACCCUCGGGAUGGACAGGACCAAUCCUCUCGUUCCUACAACAACGAUCGAUUGCAGCAAGAAAGAUCAUUUUCAACUUCCGCCCCACAAGUGUCUUUUUCUGAAGAACGACGCCCAAUGGAGCAAAAUACUAUAUAA